AUGUUUUCUAGAGGCAUUUGGCGAACAGGAUAUAUACCAAAAGGGAGUGUGGUUCGUCCCCAAGGCUUGAGUAGUCUUUUUUCCAGAAAUGUUAUGAAUAUUCAUUCGAAGGAGAAUGGUUAUACUUGCGAAUUGACCUCUUCGGCUCAAGAUAUUGAUUCAUUCUUUAAUCGUGUGUUUGGUAGUACGAACUAUAUUUCAAGUCAAGGAUUAAAGGAGCAGAUUUUCACUCACAAGUCUUACAAACAGGGAAGAGUUGCUUACAAUGAACCUCUUGUUUCGCUUGGUGUCGCGGUCGUUGAUGUUUCUUUGAUGAAUCACUUCUUAAGGAAUGGUAAUGUAAACAAUGUCCCAAAAUACUCAGAUAUUACAAGAUUCCGCUCUCCACGGCGAAUCGCUUUGGCUACAAAAGAUUGGGAACCUGAAUCAGCGGCUCGCUGCAUGCUUCCUUUGCUUACUGGGAAGUCUGAUGAAAAGCCGCCCCUAGAUAGAGUUUUGAGCACUACCAUAUUCAGUCUUGUUGCGGCUAUUUAUUUGCAAAAGGGAGGACAAGAAGCUAUAAAGUUCUGUGAUGAACGCUUGGUUAACCAGUUGAUUCCUCAAAAUGAACACGUUGAGAAAUAG